CUUGUAGCCUCCAGAUAAGAUAGUGGUUGCCUGCGUUCGACGUUUCUCGCUCGUUUAUGUCUUCAAAGUAACACCGGCCAUUGUUCAUCUGUGACGGCAACAUGGCGGCCCCAGGCGAUCAGCGCAUCGCCGUUCCCAUUGAUGACCCCAACGCCGACACCGAAUGGUUCGUGCCCCGCCAUGCAGCCGCGAUGCGACUGUCUUGCGCCGGUGGCCCGGUGUAUCCAGCUGACAUGAUGUCAGGAACGACAUCCUGCGCAAACAUGGAGUCAUUCCCGAGAAGCCGCCCAGUCCGACCCCGAUGAUCGAGGAGGCCAUCCUCGAAGGGCGUCGGCUAGCGCAUGAGAACCGGCUGGAAGGCAAGGACCUCGACGAGCUGGACGAGCUGGAGGACCUCGAGGACGAAGACUUCCUGAACCAAUACAAGCAGAAGAGGAUGGCGGAGCUCAACAGUUUGCAAAAGAAGGCAAUCCACGGCAGCGUUUACCCCAUUUCAAAACCCGACUAUCAGCGCGAGGUCACCGAGGCCUCCAAGAAAGGCCCCGUGUUCGUUAACCUGACAGCGUCCAUGGGCACCAACGUCGAGUCCAGAGCGCUCUCGGAGCUCUGGCGACAGGCUGCACGCGAGUACGGCGACAUCAAAUUCUGCGAAAUCAGGGCGAACCAAGCGAUCGAGAACUACCCGGAUCGGAACUGUCCGACGAUACUGGUGUACAAGAACGGCGACAUCGUGAAGCAGGUUGUCACGUUGAUGACGCUGGGCGGCGUGCGGACCAACAUGCAGCAGAUUGACAACCUGCUGGUCGAGGCUGGCGCGGUCCCGGACUCGGAUAUGCGGGUCGUCAAGCGGAGGCAGGCUGCCGAGGAUGCAGAGGAGGAACGGCUGGCGGGGAAGAGUAUUAAGACUGGCACGGCCGGAAGGUCACGAGAUGACGAUGACGACGACGACUGGGACUGAUGACGAGAACAUGAUGAUGACGUUCUACGUAUGAAGAAUCGGCCGUGAUGGGCGCAGGAUUAACGAUCCUGCGUAACCUUGAGGCAGGAUAUAGAUUCGGGGGAUAUCAUUCCACAUCUAUCUGGAAUAGUUAGGGUGCUGCCGGCGCACAGAAGAUGACUGGACCCGAACAUGUCUUCGUUGCUCGUAGAAGAGCCCGAACUUGGCCGGCGGCGGGUCGUCCGAAUGCCAAAGCAAAUCUUCAUCCCAUCGUGCCG